UUUCACUUCGAUCCAGGCCGAGGACAGGUGACAGAACCGCAAAACAAAACACAACGCGGCAAAGCUCUAAAUCAGUUCCUCUUUGGUCUCUCGUUAGCUUCAUCCAUGGCCGAGCCUCCUCCCUCGGCAUCGGCCGCCGCGCCGGGCUCUAAUCCUCCUCCUUCGGAACCCGGAAACGCCAUUCCUCAAUCGGAUCCAGCUCCCGCCCCAUCUCCGGCGCCACCACAGCAACCACAAUCCUCAAUCGCUCCCCCGCCCAACCCUAACCCUAACCCCAGCCCUACUACAAAUUCCAACAAUACUCUGGUUCCUCCUCCGCCGCCGGCCUUCCCUUCCGCCUACGGUCUUCCACCGCCGCCUCCAAUGUCUGGCGCGGCUAUGCCGCCAGUGGCGCCCUCGUUUCGUCCGAUUCCGCAGUUUGCUCCGCUUCCGAAUUACCAAAAUCAGAGUGCGAUUGGUGUUCAGCCCCCAGGAGUUAGCGCGGGUCCGCCGGCGAUGCCUCAUUACCAGGCUCCACCUGGUCAGCCGAUUCUGAGACCGCCUUAUGCUACAUUACCUAACGGGUAUCCGCCUGUGCCUGGAGCUACUCCUCAAGGAAUCAUGCCCCCUCCUGGAAUGGCUCGCUAUCCUUCACCUUACCCAGCUAUGAUCCGUCCAAUAUUUACUCCACGCCCACCUGGUGCACCAGUCAUACUUCCAAUGACUCGUCCUCUUGUUCCAAGUAUUCCUGGCGUUCGUCCUAUUAUCCCUCCCAUUAUGAGGCCAGUUAUACCUUCCGUGACACCGGCAGAGAAGCCUCAGACUACAGUCUAUGUGGGCAAGAUAUCACCAACUGUGGAGAAUGACUUUAUGCUUUCUCUUCUUCAGUCUUGUGGAACUGUAAAGAGUUGGAAACGUGCUCAGGAUCCUUCUGAUGGGACUCCUAGAGGCUUUGGCUUUUGUGAAUUUGAAAAUGCCGAAGGUGUUCUCCGUGCAUUACGUCUGCUCAGUAAAUUUAAUAUUGAUGGACAAGAACUCGUGUUGAAUGUUAAUCAAGCAACACGAGAAUAUCUAGAUAGAUAUGUUGAAAAGAAAACUGAAAAUUCAAAGAAUCUCAGAGAAGGGGGAGCCAAGCAGGAUGUUGCCCCAAAUAACGCAGAGAAGACUGAACCUUCUGAGUCAUCUGAAAAGGCUGGAACUAUGAAGUCUUCUCCAGAUGUUUCGGAAAGUGAUAAUGAAAAAGUGGACAAAGGUGGCCAUGAUCUGGCCAAUUUUGGUAUUGUCACCAAUGAAGAUAAAGAAGGUGACAAGGCAGCACAGGAGAAGCUUUCUAACAUGAUAGAAGAGAGACUGAAGACCAAACCUCUGCCACCACCACCACCUCCUCCUCCACCUCCGCAACUUCUUAGUGAUGGUUCUGGCAAUCCAAAUACCGAGCAAACCAAAUCAAGAGAUGGGGACUCGGAAACUGAUGCAUUGAAAAGUGAUGAUGCUGCUGAAGAAAAAAAUAAUGACGAGAUGAUUGGUGAUUACAAAGCAGCAAGUGAACAUGAAAGGCCUGAGGUAAGCUCACCAGACAGGAACAGAAGGUAUGAUAGAAGGGGCAGAGACAAGGAACGAGAUCUUAAGCGUGAAAAAGAACGAGAGAUAGAAAGAUAUGAGAGGGAAACAGAAAGAGAACGUAUUAGAAAAGAGAGGGAACUUAGAAGAAAGGUGGAAGAUGCUGAGCGUGAGUAUGAAGAACGUCUAAGAGAUUGGGAAUAUAGAGAGAGAGAGAAAGAAAAACAACGACAGUAUGAGAAAGAAAGGGAGAAAGAAAGAGAUCGCAAGCGGAAGAAGGAGAUUCUUCACGAUGAAGAAGAUGAAGAUGAUGACUCUGGGAAAAGAUGGCGGAGGAGUGUUAUAGAGGAGAGGCGGAAAAAAAAGACAACGGGGAGAAAGAGGAGGACUUAGCUGACAGGCUAAAAGAAGAGGAAGAGAUUGUCGAGGCCAAGAAGAAGGCUGAAGAGGAAAAAUUGCUAGAGCAAGAAAAAGAGGUGCUGAAACUUCCACAUGCGGAUAUUGUGAAUGGUAGCGAGAAGCCUGCUUCGUCUGAUGGAAUGUUCAUUGAAACUACGCAUAAAGUCAUUGAACAGGGGGACGAGGGUGACUCUGUCAGUGCCAAUCAUACAGAAUUGCAACUUCACACUACAGAUGAUGAGGGCGUGCAGAAUGGUGCUGGUGAAGUUUCAACUGUGCCAAUGGUUGAAUCAGAAGCUCAGUGCCAGUGAGUGCUAAUGCUCCAACAAGAAAAUUGGGGUUUGGUUUAGUUGGGUCUGGGAAACGUGCUGCUGUACCUUCAGUUUUCCAUGAGGAGGAUGACGAUCCUCAUAAGGAUAAAAGAAUGAGGCUCUAGUUCCCAUAGAUUAUUCAACGAGGAAUUGCAAGCCGUUCAACCUAUUACUUCUGGAGCUCAACCACCAAAUCUAGUGCUGCUGCUGAAUAUGCAAAGCAGAUAUCUAAUAUUGCUCCCCGGGAAGAGAAAUCUGAAGUUGCAAGGGACCAAAAAUCAACGUUCUCAUGAUAGGUCUGGUCGGCGGGACAAAAAUGACGAGGACAGUAAUCAUCGGUCCAGAGAAGAGAACAGAGAGAAGAGUGGAUCGCGACAGAGUACCGGGAUCAUGGUCUAGAUAAGGUGAAGACCCCAGAUAAACAGAAGCUUUUAGAUGCAAAACAGCUGAUUGAUAUGAUUCCGAAAACCAAGGAUGAGUUAUUCUCAUAUGAGAUCAAUUGGACCGUUUAUGACAAGCACUCGCUGCAUGAUAGAAUGAGACCAUGGAUUUCAAAGAAGAUAACGGAGUUUCUGGGAGAGGAAGAAACCACACUAGUGGACUACAUUGUGUCAAGUACAAGGAGCAUGUUAAGGCUGCACAAAUGCUGGAGAUGCUUCAGUCCAUACUAGACGACGAGGCCGAGAUGUUGUGCUCAAAAUGUGGAGGAUGCUCAUCUUUGAGAUCAAGAAGGUGGAGUCGGGCCUGGGUUUGAAGUCCAAACCAUGAGGCUUGUGAUUCUUCUGGUUCUUGCCAGGGGUGCUAAUCUUCAGAUGUAGGUAGGUCUCUUUAACUUGGGAAUACAGACGGAGUCCUGGCCAUGUAUGUUCUCUGGAUUUUGCUCUGGGGAGCUUUCCCUUUUCCUGCAGGUGGUGCUUUUUCCAUCAGAUGAGCUGCUUUCUUGCAUUUAGUCAUUUAGAUGCGGAAGACAAAGAUUAGAUGUUGAAAAGUGACUUCGUGGCCCGCAAAUCAAUUGCAUAGUAUUUUGGGCUGUGAAGGCGGGCGUGCAGAGCUCACUGCUCUUUGGCACAUCCUUGGAAAGCGGCUGAAAACUGAGAGUGGGGUAUUAUUUAAUAU